CGCUCAGUCGAAUUCAGUCGAAUUGAGUUCGUCACACGAGCAUGUCGUCCGUGCCCACUGUGCUUGGCGGGUGUCAGAAUCAAAUUCCCAUAAGGUUAAUUCUCUUCACUAGUGCCUACUCGGUGAUACGGUAGAGUUCAGUGGAGUCUGGUCACGAUCAGUCUGGUGGGUCUGGUGAAGUCAUGAUAAGUGGAGUUGGCACAUUUUCUCAUUGGAGGAGACAGCCAUAAUGUAUGUAUGUAUGUACACAAUAUGCGCUGAUACCAGCUGAUACGUGACUUUACACUGAAUUACACGCAUAGCAAAUAUUUUUGUUCGUGGGAUUCAAAGCUGUGCCUGCGACUAAUAUGUGGAAACAAUUGAAAUCAUUGGGUAAUCAUCGUUAUUGCUGUCAUCAUCGAUCACGCAAUCGUUUAAAUGAGUAUUAGAUUGCACGAUUAUUUGCAUUCCUCGAAACGUCAACUUACCAGGAGAUUGUAAUAUCACUCCUUUAGCAAUGACGACGUUCCUGUUGAGUAAUGUCGUUUAGCCAAUAGCAAAUCAAAUUAUGCUCGUGGUAUGCUACUUCUGUGUUCAUGCCAUGCUGAAUAGAAACAGAGCUCGGAAACCAGGUCCAACGUUGCCAUCGCCACAUCAUGGAUAGAAAAACGGCUGUUAAGUUUACUCCUGUUUACGAAUUGGACGUUCGAGAAUACCUAUCGAGCGAAUUCACUCGAUUAACAAGUAUACGAAUGUUACCUGGAUCAUGCUGGAGCGACACUCUACUCAAAAACACAGAUUAACAAGGUGGUUAAUGAUCUAAAUUCCGCACUUUAUGGGAAUCCACACUCUGCUGGUUCUGCUUCAAGCAGUAGUGUACAUGAUAUCAUUGAACGAACCAGAUUUAGGAUCCUCAAGCACUUUCACACUUCCACUAAGGAGUACGAUGUGAUCUUCACCUCAGGUGCUACUGCUUCUUUGAAAACAGUAGCUGAGACAUUUAAUUUCAAGAAUAAUGGGGAUAAGAAAUCAGGAUACUUUGUGUAUGCUCAAGACAAUCACACUUCGGUCCUUGGUAUGCGAGAAGUGGUUAAAAGAAAUGGUGCUACUGUAAUUAGUCUCGAUCGUGAUAAACUCCUAAAAAUAUUUAGCGAAGAUUACUGCGUUUCGAAGAAGAACGUUGAUGAAGCAGACAAUAAUUCUCUUUUUGUAUACUCAGCGCAAUGCAAUUUCUCUGGAUUCAAAUGUCCAUUGAGUUGGAUCGAAGCUGUUGAAAAUGGUAUUUUAAACAAGACAAUAUUUGGAGAGUAUGCCAAUAACACGAGAUGGUAUACAUUUCUGGAUGCCGCAUCUUUUGCUGCUACCAAUGAUUUAGAUUUGUCAAUAUAUAAGCCAGACUUUGUAUGUCUCUCCUUUUAUAAGAUGUUUGGUUAUCCAACUGGAAUUGGUGCUCUGUUAGUUAAGAAUUCCAGCGCAAGAGUAUUAGAAAAAGUGUAUUAUGGCGGCGGUACUGUAGAAAUCUCUCUCAGUUCGAAUAAUUUUCACGUAAAACGUCAAGUGCUGCACGAAAGGUUUGAGGACGGUACAAUUCCAUUUCUCGCUAUCGUGUCUCUGCAAUAUGGAUUUGAUGAAUUGUCCAAGAUAUCCCAAAAAGUGAUAUCGCAACACGUCUUCUCCCUGGCGCAGUAUCUUUAUUCUAUGCUGGCGAGUCUACGGCAUUCAAACAGAAAGGCAGCAGUUGUGCUUUACGCCGAUACUCAAUAUAACGAUUGCGAUAACAUGAUACAAGGUGGAAUCGUUUCGUUUAAUCUCAUGCGCUCUGACGGUAGCUACAUCGGCUAUAUGCAAGUUUUACAUAUGGCCGCAUUAUACAAUAUUCAUUUGAGAACGGGUUGUUUUUGUAAUCCGGGAGCGUGUCAGCGACAUUUACGUCUUUCAAACGAAGAGGUUUUAAAAAAUUACGACGCUGGCUACAUCUGUGGUGGAAAGAGCGAUCUCAUAGACGGAAAGCCGACUGGAGCGAUCAGAGUUUCCUUUGGCUACAUGUCAACUGUCGAGGAUGUUCAGAAGCUUCUCGCUAUGAUCGAUGAAUGCUUUCUUGAGAAAAAUUUGACUUACACAAGAAUCUUGAAAGAUACUGAAAAAACAAGAGAUAUCGUAACAGCGAGUGAACUCUCGAGCCCACGAGCCGGUGCACUGCCGAGACUUUUGCAACUGUUUGUAUAUCCUGUUAAAUCGUGCGCGGCCUUCGAAGUGCUGGACUCCUGGACGAUUACCCCGCGAGGAUUACAAUAUGAUAGAGAAUGGAUGAUUGUCACUGCGUCCGGAGCCUCCUAUACGCAAAAACAUCAAAGCGCACUCUGUCUUAUCAAACCGUGCAUCAAGGAAAAAGAGAACGCUCUGGAGUUGCAUUAUCCUGGUAUGCCGCUCAUACGCGUACCAUUGAGAUAUUCUUUUGUUAACGAUGCCUGUCUCGAUAAACCGAUGUGUCAUAGCAGAGUAUGCGGUCAUGGAGUCAACGGUACGGAUUGCGGUUCCGAAGUUGCUGAGUGGUUGAGUCUAGCCUUACGUCGUCCGGGACUUAGGCUUCUACGAAAAUUGCGAGAAACGAAUGUUUCGUAUCGUCACUUGGAUACAGAGAACGAGAGAAUUGAGAGCGGUAGCAGUUUGACUUUAUCCUUUUCGAGCCAGUCUCAGUACUUAUUGAUAAACAGAGAAAGCUUAAAAUGGUUGGCAGACCGAAUUCCCCACGAUUCUGAUUGUAACGUAGAAACGCUUCAGCAGCGAUUUCGAGGAAAUUUUAUUAUUUCUUGUGAACGCCCAUUUCAAGAGUGUGAACCGAACCAAAUUUGUGUAGUAGGAAUCAAUGAGUUUAAGGUGAAAGGACCGUGCACAAGAUGCCAGAUGAUAUGCGUCGACCAAACAACAAGCCGCAAGACUGUGGAGCCAUUACGAACAUUGGCGAAAGAAUUUAAAGGAAAAAUUUCUUUCGGAGUAUACCUCGACGCAGGCAAAUCUCAGACUAACGUCGAUGCAGUAGUCCAAAUCGGAGAUCCGAUUUAUUUCUCAUAAUACAUUGCAUUUCUUUUUCUACAGUUUAGACGUAAUUUGCGGAGUUUCAUUUCAGGAUAUGGCACAAUCAAUUGGCUGCUGUCCUUCAAUCUUCUUAAUCGGCAUACCAUGGGAAACGGCUUUCGCAAGAUCAGACACUGCCUCGAAGUCGGGAAAUGCCAUCGUCUGGAGUUUUGAGUAAACCAAUUGAUCGUUGAUUUUUACUUCGAACGAGGCUGAUAACGGAAGGGAAGUGAAUCUUCAAGAAAUUUAUUUGGUGUGAUUUCAAUAUCUAUAUAUGCCAAAUUGCAAUCAAUGCGAAUAAAAAUGACAAUAAUGUGAA